AGGUGUGCAUUUUCUCGUCCCCGCGCGGCUGUUUCCGGCGCUCGCCUUCCGCGCAUGCUCAGUAGGAGACAGGCGCCGGCUGUGGGUAAGCGCGUUUCCGGUCAGUGCCGGGAAUGUCCGACCAGGGCCUGGCCGGUGGCGGGGCGGACUCGGGGCUGGAUGCGGCCCUGGGCAAAGUGGGGGCCUCGGUGCGGUCCCGGCGGAAGCUGCCGACGGCGGAGGAGGCGGAGCUGUUCGAGCUGGCGCAGGCGGCGGGGAUCGGUCUCGACCCGGAAGUGUUCAGGCUGCUGCUGGACCUGCUGCGGAUGAACGUGGCGCCCCUGGCUGUGUUCCAGAUGCUGAAGUCCUUGUGCGCCGGGCAGAGACCGGCUCCCAGCGGCCCCGCCGAGACCGCCCCCGAGACGAGAGAGGUCUCAUUUCUCUCUGCCAAGAACAGUAAAAUCCCUGCACCACUCUCCUUUUCCUCUGCCCUUCGAUCUCCAAGACUAACAGCCCCUAAGAUUGUGGUCUACAGUCCUGCUGAUGCUUGCUCGCCUCUCUCUCAAGGUCCCCCUCGUUCCUUCCAGUUUUCUUGCUGCCUGUUCUCUCCUUUUACAGGGAGAAAUAAAACCAAUUCUUCAGUCAGCGGGACCCAAGGCCUUGCAGAACGUUGCAGCCGGGAAGGAUCUGUCCAAAGAAUGCCCCGGCAGCCAAGCACUAGCAGGCUCCAGAAGACUGGAACUUCUGGAAAGAGCAGUGGAGGCAGCAGUACAUAGAGACUCAAAAUAGAGCACUGAGGACCUUUGUAAAUUCUCCAUUAAAAUAAGUGCAAUGCAGCACAACAUGUAAAAAUGUUCAAGAUUGUGAACCUGCUCCAGUAUUUUGUAUUUAUGAAUGCUAUAGAAUAUCACAGGUGAUGUAUGCAAAGUGUCAGUUACUGUUUUCCUUUCCUAAAUUUCUUUUGGAUACAUCUGUUAAUAAAGAACAUGAAUUCUUCGGGAA